GUUGUCAAAUCGUCCCUCAUCUCGAUCCAAUCACAAACGCACACACACACGACACGACUGUGCCAAAUAUCAUGAAGCUCGCCUAAUACGACACAUAAAAGCAAAAUUCUUGGUAUCGAGAUCGCAGCAUCAGAACUAGCAUCAACAAAUACGACAAAUAAAUAGGACCACUGGCCAGGCGACCUGACACACACCCAUGUAACCUGCAGCUCAAGUCAGUCGAAACGAUGAGGACAGCCGGUAUCACUUUAAUAAGCGUUGCGCUAACCUGCGCCGUCAUCGGCAAUGCCUAUUACCAGAAGAAACAGUUCUACCCGUCCGUCGUCUACAUAACCAAGUCCAACCCCAGUAUGGCCGUAAUAUACGUCCAGGGGUUGAUACUGGUUUUUAUAAUGAAUACGUUCCUACGCAAGAUAUUCUUUGGUAAUCUCCGAGCCGCUGAACUUGAGCAUCUGGUUGAGCGGGCCUGGUACGCAGUGACGGAGACCUGUCUUGCUUUCACGGUAUUCAGGGACGACUUCAGCCCCAAGUUCAUAGCCCUUUUUACGUUGCUGCUGUUUCUCAAAUCAUUUCACUGGCUCGCCGAGGAUCGAGUCGAUUUUAUGGAAAGAAGUCCCGUGAUAACCUGGUUGUUCCAUGUGAGGGUCUUGAGCCUCUUGACUCUUUUAUUCACGAUAAAUGGAACGAUGAUCGAGUAUGCCUAUAUGUCGACCCUCACCAAAGGCGCAUCUGUGCAGCUCGUCUUUGGCUUUGAAUACGCCAUACUCCUUACUGUCGUUCUCAACAUCACCAUCAAGUAUGUGCUCCACACGGUCGAUCUUCAGAGUGAAAAUCCCUGGGAUAACAAGGCAGUUUUUCUGCUCUACACGGAACUGAUUAUUGGGCUAUUGAAGGUGAUCUUGUACGUUGCGUUUGUCACCAUAAUGGUCAGGAUAUACACACUACCGUUAUUUGCCUUCCGCCCGAUGUACUACACAAUGCGCAAUUUCAAGAAAGCAUUCCACGACGUGGUGAUGUCGAGAAGAGCAAUCAGGAACAUGAACACGUUGUAUCCAGACGCGACUCCGGAGGAAUUAGCAGCCGCGGACAAUGUCUGCAUUAUUUGCAGGGAAGAGAUGUUUACUGCUAGUAAAAAACUUCCCUGCAACCACAUAUUCCACACCGCCUGCCUCCGAUCUUGGUUUCAACGUCAGCAAACCUGCCCAACAUGCAGAUUGAACAUCUUGCGACCCACACCAGCCAAUAAUGGCCCGAGGGCCCAGAAUCAGGCUCCUGCGCCGGGUCAACAAGCCCCGCAAGCAGCCCAGGCACAAGGUGUUAAUCAGCAAGUUGAUCAGCCAUUUCAAAUGCCAGCUGGCUUCUGGAUGGGUCUUCAAGCACAGCAAGGAGCUGGCGCGCAGAUCCAGGGCCAGAAUAACGCCCCCAACAUCGGUUUGCCUCCGUUCCAAUCUGUGCCUCCAGGCAGCUUGCCACUUUUCGUGCCACCUUUUCCUCCGAUGGUUCACCUGCCUCCUGUUCCUGCUCCUCCUCCCAAUCUGACCACACUCACCGACGAAGAGCUCCGGGCAAUGGAGGGUAAUAUGCGCCAGGCAGUUGAGGCCAGAAUUCAAACACUUCAGCGAGUUCAGCUUUUGCUUGACGCUGCCAACGCCAUGAUGAGCCAGUACCAAACUGCUGCUGCUACUGCCAACAUUCCAGGGCCACACGUGGGGUCGGCGGCUGAAACGGCGGAGAAGGAAAAGAAGGAAGAGAAGGCGAAUCACAGCGAGGAUGCGGGGCCGAGUAUGAGCGAGCAGGGCAAAUUUGCCGGUGAACCUUUACCUGGUAGCAGUGGUGUGUCGAACGAGAGUAUUGUGCAAACGGAUACGAAGACAAUGAACGCAACAACGUCAAACGAGAAUCACGCGACUCCGUCCACGUCGAGAACAAGAACAGAACCAACUGACGAGAAGGAGAUGUUGAGGAGAAGGCGGUUGCAAAAAUUCAUAGCACAAACAACGACGACGACGGAUUGAAAAAAGAAAACAAUUAAUUUAACGCGUGUUUCUCUUCAGCGUAAAACAGACGGGUCGUAUACAAUAUUAUUGUAUGUAAACGAAAAUACCUAAUAUGGCCGGAUCAAACGAAAACGCGGUGUAUUAAUUACUCGGCAUAAUGCCGUUUGGACAAACGAAUGCUAGGACUUGUGUACUGAUUCUGG